GGUGGAUUGCUGUCUCUGUGCCGAGACCAACGCUUAGCUUCUAGCGAAGUUCUCCGCUGUCAGCCUCGGCGAGCCUAAACAAUGAAUAUAAGUAAACCGGAAACAAACACACCUGCCUCGUUUUAGUAAUACAAGCAUGUUGUUCGUGGUUACCACGAAGACACUUUCUGCGGUUACUAUACGGACCUUCAUGGUUACGAUCAAUACAGUAACCAAUGGCGAUUGUCUGCGGCAAUUUUGAUUAUACAUGUUGUGUCACUCAUCUCAUUUUAACUUUUGGGGAAUAAAGCAUUCUAUAAUUUUAUCAAAAAAAUAUUUGUUUACAUGAAUAUUGUAGCGUGGGAACGUGGCGGGUUUGCGAAAAUCUCGCGCGAGUUGCAUGCUGACGGAUCGUUACGCUUUGGGGCGCCUUCUUGUAAGUUCCAAAAAUCUUUCUUCUCGUCGUCAUGUAAAAACCUGAAUAUUGCCUGCUGUCAGAAGAAUCUUAUACAUUGAAAUAAUUGAAAUAUGGAUUAAACAUUUCUUAUGGUGUCAUGAUUUCGGAAGAUUUGAAUUCUAAGCAUAAUUUCUGCCAGGAUCGACAGUUGCAGAACAAUCUUCUUGCAGCAGACGAUACAUUUCAACAAGUUUUGCAGGGAGACACACCAUUUUCUGUCAGCGUGCGUUUACGACCUAAUAUACCCGAUAAAGUUUGUGAAGUGACAGGUUGGUGUCCCAACGGGAAGAUAGUUUUACGCAAACCAGAAAAUGAUAUAUUUUCAAAACCUAAGACAGCAGGUGGAGCCAAAGAUCAGCUCCAGGAUCGAGUAUGGAGAGAUCCCCGUUUGCGACGGGAUCAGAUUCAUGAAAGCAGUUUUGUAUUUCAUCACUAUCAUGACAGCCACAUGUACAUUGAACAAUAUCGGAAAGAACAUUCGUGCUUAUCAAAAUCUCAGUCCCUUUCUGAUUACCAAAUCAAGGCCUUAAACAACGCAAGAACUGAUCAUAUCAGCGAUGACAAUACACCACAAACUUUGUCAAAUAUGCCGAAGAAAGAUCAGACGCCGCAUCUAAGCCCACUGUCGAUACUUCCAUCUGAACCUGGUCCCAGACGUCAGAAGAUUAAAGUUACUCCUGUAAUCACUCCCAUUGAUGGCAACAUCUCAACGUUAAAAUGGCCAGAAGACUCCGAUAUCGUUUCUACGUCAAUUUUUCAUCAAUGUAACUGCAGUGCCAGAAGAGUGUCCAGUGCUGCAACUAGUAAGAUACCUGCUUCAAAAGUUACUGUAAAGAUGUCGUCCCCAGCUGCCUUGACUAUUUCGCCACCAAGCGUUCUAAAACUUCUCAGGUUUUCCAAGAAAACAAGAGGAAGUCGUGGAUCAUGGAAUGCAAAUAGUGAAUUCAAAACUCCCACCCUGGCCAGGAUUGAGAACAAAGUGUAUAAAGAGAGUGCACUUCCCCGUCUGGAGUUGAGCCCAAUGUCCCUUGUGCAAAACGAUGUGACAGUCAACAAAACAACAAAGAAAUGCAAGAAGCGUGACAGAAAUAAAGUAUCGAAGUGGAUGAAUCAAGAUGAAGAUCUGAGUGGAAAUAAUCAUGAAAUUCCCAAAGAGGAAGACAGGGAUUGUGAAGAUCAAGCAGCACUGCAGGAGGAACCAAAGGUGAUGGAGGUUGCAAGCAUGUCACCCUGUCCACAUACUCCAGGUCUGGUUGCAAGAUACCACAUUGGUGACAAAGCUGUGGAUAUGAUGGAGAUGGAUGCUAAUGGCCUUCCCAAAUGUCAGCUUAGCAGGGAGCCAUCUUGCCAGUGUGAGUGGUUGCUGCAAAGCUUCAUGCUUGCCACCAACAGUGUUCCGUUAAGACCAUUCAGGCCAGAAAUGCUGUAUCAUUCUCAGACCAUGUUUGGCUACCUACAGCCAAACAGUGUAGCAAGAACUGAACAGCACACCCACGGGGCCUCAGAAAAGGGGUUUGAGAUGAGUGAGCCCUAUAAUUAUCUAAAGCAGAUCAUUGUGAGCUCAAAAGGUUAUGCCCCUCAAGUGCAUGGAGGAUUGAAGGGAACAACAACAAAGCCAGAUCUGCCUGCCACCUUUCAGCUUCUUGGUAUGUCCAAACAAUGUCACUCCUCCACUCAGAAAGUUCAAGCGCUGGCGCAAAAUUCAACUGGCCGGCGCCAGAAGGGAAGGCUGUUUCGGAGGACAACCACUGUCCAUGAGGUACGAGCAGGUGAUCCACAAACACAGCUCACAAGACCUGCCACUGUGUCAGGAGAAGCAGGUAGACACAGCUGCCAUGAACUGGCUUCUAGCAGCUGUGUCACCCAGAUGCCAACUACAUCUUACUUGAAGUUCUGGAACAGCCGUAUGACAGCUGACGUUUGCAACAAGAAGAACUUCAUGAAGUGGGAAUCAGCCAAAAGUAGUAUGGACCCACAGGACCUACUAGAACUUAACCCAGCUCAGAAGGCAAGAGUUGGGACCAAGCAGCAAAACCCUCACUCCAACCAGCUUGCAGGACAAGCGACCCCUGUGGCCAAUGCAGCUUUUGGUGUGGCUAGCCCAGAAACACCAAUAUGGUUUGAUUCCAAUGGUCGAGCCUACGUGAGCUUAGCCACUCGCUAUGAACCCAUCAAAAAGUAGCUCCCAUACAUGUGCACAUCAGAAUGCCUUGGCUGUGUAUCCACUGUGUCAUUCAGUGGUGCUGAAUCAGAGGCCCCAUGCAAGCUAUCCUGUUAACAACAAUAGCUUCACUUACAACGCCAUUGCUUCACCCAAAACUGAACCAUCAGAGGAUCUUACAAGUGGAGAGGAAAGCAGUUUCUUUACCACCUUAUUACCACUGGAUUUGCUUGAUGAUCUCAUUGCCACAAACAACAAUAGCCUGUUGUCUGCCGUCACAUCAUCGUCCAAAGAAUAUAGCCAAAAUGUUUCUGAGAGGAUUGGAAUUGACAAAGAAAGCAUUUCAACAACACCAGUUUGUCAGGUGAAGCAAUACGUCCCCACUCAGGUUACACUUUUUUGACCAAGAGCUGAGCACCAAAAGCUUCUCAGAAAUACAGGGAGUAAUAUUCAGUCAGAUUAGGGCUUACGCCUCCCAGAAACGAGCAGGAAAGAGAGCUGCAGCCCAACACUACCUGGCAGCAACUCUUGUAUUCACCAAAGCAAGCAGCCCAAACUCAUCUUUCUCUCUGACAUAGAUGAUGGGGUGUUAGCUGAGGAAAGCUGGUGGCAUCCACAGAAUUCUCCACUAGGCUUACCAAGCAGAUUUUACAUCAAGCAUAGCAGUGGUCAAGAAACUUAAAUCAGAAAAUUCCUGUCCAGAAGACUUAUAAAAACUCAUUAAGCAAGGCUACUUCAAGACCUGUCUGCAGUGCUAUAACUUCUUUAAACAGAUGCAACAAACUGCCUGGACAAUGCACCAAUCCUAGGUCCGCCAAGUCGGUCAGACAAAGUUUGCAAGAAAAACCAAGAGACAUUUGAUAAGGAUGUUGGCAGCUUGGUUGAUGAUACCAACAGUGGUGUCCAAGGAAGAUGUAUCCUUUCAUGCAAAAGGUGGUCUAAAUCUGGAGGCUUUUACAGAGAGUUCAGGCUUAAAAACAGACUUUGUGCCAGACCAGUAACAGCCACAGACAUCAACACUGAUGAAGCCAGACAUCUCUAUGUGGCAGGAUACCAGCUGAAUUCUUUGGACCCUUCUAACGACAUAAAUCAGAAGAUGGUCAGAGACAGUGAGUUCAUGUUACCACAUGACUCUUGAAACUGCAGAUCAAGGAGGAAAUCUUGCCAGAGAGAAUUGUCAAUCACAUUUUUUAAAACCUUUUCUUAUCCGUUUAAGAUGUGUCUUUCAUUCUUUUCUAUAUGCCAUCAGUUCAUCUCCAGCACUUUGAAUACAAAUCCUAUGUCUGCUCAUGCUUCAAGGUGAUUCAUUUGGAAGUGUGUGUUUUUAACUUGCCCAUUUAAUGGUUUGGUUAUAUUCAGCCAAUGGUGUUAUGUUGCAUUAUGGACUUAAUCACAAAAUUGUUGCCACUGUGAAUGUAAAUGUAAUCAAUAUCUACAACCUGAUGUCCUGAAUCAGUUAAGCAGCAAUAUACUAGUGAUGUACAAAUUUAUAUUUUUACAUUUGUUUUAUUUUAUACUCCCUUUAUUCUCAAUGUGUAUUAUUUAUUUUUAAGAAAAGCUAGAGUAUUUUUGGAGGACAUUUUGUUUGCAUUUGCUCUUCCCAAAGAACAAUAAAACUAUUUAACUAUGAUUCUGUAAUUUUUAUUGAUACUGCUGAUAAAUACUUUGUGUUGUGUACCUGAACACAUCCUGACCUGAUGCCAAGUUCAUAGAAAAAUAAAAGAUUUGUAUUACUGGAA